UUGCAUCUGUCACACACGUAGCAGAAAACCCCGAAGACGAGUGUGUGUUUGAUUUCGUUUACUUUUUAAUUGUGUGACUGCAUUGUCUUAUACUGUUAGAAUAUUACUUUUAUACCAACCAAUAUGUCUUCAGUGUGUUGUGGAACCAAAAAACAGAAAUUAAACAACUCGUAUAGUAAUAAUGUUGAAAGACCUAUAAAUGGUUACCAUGAGACUGUAGCAAUUCCUGAUAUGUGUUACUUUUGUUUCGAUGUUUUGUAUUGUCAACUGCAUAGUAUGGACCCGCCACAAACGCCAAAUUUCACUAAUGAGGCCUAUCCUUUGUUCGUAACAUGGAAAAUUGGCAAGGAGCACCGUCUUCGGGGUUGCAUUGGCACAUUUAAUGCAAUGCAUUUACAUUCGGGUCUUCGGGAGUACGCAAUAACGAGUGCGUUAAAGGAUUCGCGCUUCACGCCCAUCACGCGGGAGGAGGUGCCGCGGCUGUCGGUGUCAGUCUCCAUCCUCCAGCACUUCGAGGAGGCCGAACACUACCUGGACUGGAAGCUGGGCAAGCACGGCAUACGCAUCGAGUUUGUCAGCGAGCGCGGCACCAAGCGCACAGCCACAUACCUACCUCAAGUUGCCACAGAGCAAGGUUGGGACCAAAUACAGACAAUCGACUCGCUCCUAAGAAAGGGGGGUUACAAGGCGGCGAUCACGGCCGACUUGCGGCGCAGCAUUAAGCUGACGCGCUACCAGUCGGAGGAGGUGUCUGCCACUUACGGCGACUACAUCAGCCAGCGCUGCUAGCACCCCGCCACCGGGGGGCGCCCCUACCCCGCGCCCCGCACAGACAAGCAAUUGUUUACAACUGCUAGUGCAAGUUACAAAUAUUGUGUUAAUAAUAAUUUAGUCUCUAAGUGUACAACAUGUGUCGAUCAGACGGGCCGAUGUGAACACACCGAUACGUUCAGCGCGCUCAAAAGUACAAGAAGUCAGAAUUAUGCUCAAAGUGGUUCCGGCAUCGACGGGAGCGGCUUGUGUUUUGUCAAUAUCAUGUAAUAUUAAGCUAAUAUCACUGCCAACGACAUUCCUUAAAGGAAGAAUUGAGGUGCCAUCGAACCGAUUCGCUACAGUCUCCAGGGGUAUGUAAUGUUUCGCUUAAAACGACAUCUGCCUUGGUCCAUACGAUUAUCGACUUUACGAUUCGCAAUUAAGUAUCAAUAUUGUCAGUGCAUUUGCAGUUCUGUUAUAUUUUUGUGUAUGCCAGUGGCGAAUUUGUUUUGGUUACGAUAUAUUCACCCGUGUGAAUCAUGCUUAAAGUAAGGAAUUAUGUUUCACAGAACAAAAUGAAUCAAAUUGUUUUAUGAUUUUACUUGUGAAUAAAUGCAAUUGUAUGGUACAAAUGGCAGGUGUUUGUUUAUGUUGAAAUUAAAUUUGAAGUAUAUUUCCAUCCAUUUACUCAAUUGAACAGAGUUUAUUAAUAUAGUGAAUUUAUUUUUAUUUGAAUUCCUGAAUAUUGGUUGUAGAGCAAAGAGUUUUAUACAAAAGAACCAUUUUUUAGGUUCCUUGAAAUAUUAUAUAGUUGAAAAUAUUUGCGUGAAUACAUUUUUAAUUAAAGGAAAUGUUAAAAGAUUUUGUAUCGUCUUUCCUAAUUUUGAUGUGAAUUCACUUUGAACAGAGUUUUGACUUGACUUUUUUGGUUCUAUGUUUUAAUGUGCGUAUCACAAUAAAAUGUAAAAUUCUGUAGUUUUAUGGUGUGCAUCUCCAUUUUUGAAUGAACAAACAAUCUACGAAAAUUAAAUUGUUCCUUUUUCUAUGUUAAUAUAUUUGUGUCAAUUGUCUUUAAUAUUAUGAGGAUGUGAUUAGUUUAUAUUUUUUAAAAUUAAAAAAAAUGUAAAUCCUAUUAGACUGACUUGGUAUAUCGUAUUAUUUGUGUGUUCAUUCUUUAUGUUUUCGAUAUAUUAGUAACAAUUGUGAUACGCACAUAAAAUUAUUGCAAAACAUAUUAUAAAUAUGACUAUAAUAUUUACAGCAGCUUUUUAAAUUGUGUUAAUGUUGCUUGUUUUAAAAUAUUUUUAAAAUAUCAAAUUGGAUAGUGACAAUAUUAUGUUGUUGAUUGGUGUUGGAUCAUUAUUUUGCAGAUAAACUUUGUGCACAACCACUGGACUGUACAGGGUGAUCUUUUAUCAUGUACCAUAAUAAUAAUUUUAAAAAAUUGAACUGUUUUAACAUGUUUUCAUAUGUUUUAAGGAUAUGAAUAUAAUUAGA